AUGGGGACGUUUGACGUCCCAACACCCAAAAACCGGAAACUGGAAACCCAUUGGAAUCACGGGAAUUGUAGUCUCUGGCUGCUCCCUGUUACUGCUGAAGCUGGCUGCAACCUCUUUGCAGCCUGCUUCCAGUUUGUCUAUGCAGAUUUUCCGUACCAAGUCCUCCAGAGACCCAGAGGAGGGCGUGGGGUUAGCCUAAGCCCCGGUCAGGGUGACGUAAGGGGGCGUGUACCCCACGGUACCCCGCCCUCAUUAGGCCCCUCCCGCCUUCCUUUGGCCCAGUGCAAAGUCCAGCCUCAGACAGCAGGUGACCGGUCUGCUGCAGGUCCGGCGGGGGGAUCCUUGGGGCUGCGGAGAGCUCGGCCCCAGUGGAUGUUCCCGCCCCCUCGUGGGCCUCAGCGCCUGAGAAGGGUGGGACCACCACGUGGACAGACAGCUGGGCCAGGGGUCGGGGGUCACCAAGAAGAGGCAGGGCCUAGAUAUAUAAAGGCUGUGGUUUAUCUUAUGGUUUCAGAAGACAAUUUCCUUUCGGACCUAAUGAUCGUGGAGCCCGAGGAAGCUUCUGAGGAAGACCUGAAGGUGGUACACACAGAACAAUACUUGAGGAAGCUGAAGUGUUCUUUUAUAGUGGCAACAAUCAUCGAGAUAUUACCAGUUGCCCUUAUUCCUAACUUCCUGGUGCAGAGGAAGGUUCUAAGACCUCUAAGGUUCCAGACAGGAGGAACUAUUUUGGCUGGGAAACUCGCUAUUGAAAAUGGCUGGGCCAUCAAUAUAGGUGGUGGGUUCCAUCACUGCUCUGCUAACAAAGGAGGAGGAUUUUGUGUCUAUGCUGAUAUCACCCUCUGUAUUAAGUUUCUAUUUGAGCGAGUAGCUGGAAUUUCCAGAGUCACCAUUAUUGACCUGGAUGCACACCAGGGGAAUGGUCACGAGAGGGAUUUCAUGGAUGACAGUCGAGUGUACAUCAUGGAUGUCUACAACCAUCACAUUUACCCAUACGAUAGCUUUGCUAAACGUGCCAUAAAGCAGAUGGUUGAGCUGGACUGGAAAACAGAAGAUGAAGAGUACCUGGAGAAGGUGCAAAUGCACAUGGAAAGGGCCCUGGAUGAGUGGACACCUCAUUUGGUCAUCUACAAUGCUGGCACAGACAUUAUGAAAGGUGACCCUCUGGGAGGACUCUCUGUUUCCCCCAAGGGCAUUGUGAUGAGGGAUGAACUGGUGUUCCGGACUGUCCGAAAAUAUGGGGUACCUAUCCUCAUGGUGACCUCAGGAGGUUACCAGAAAAAGACAGCACGGGUCAUAGCUGACUCCAUCCUCAACCUGUACAACAUGGGACUCAUUCGCCUAAAUCAUUUUGAUUUUGUGAAGAACGGAUCAUCUAGAAGGCCGUCUUUGGCAUCCCUCUCCGAGUAUAUUUUUUCCUAUAAACAGAAGCAUCAUGCAACAGUAACCCCAGACUGGUAUGAGGAUUUUCAGCAAUUCAACAAAUAUGGAGCUGGGGCUCUGGAAAAUUAA